GGCGAGCGGGCUGGCGGGGAGGGGGGGAGGCCGGGCCGAGGUGGAGGGGAGCCCGCCGGAGCCCUUUGUGUGGGUGCGAGAACGGGGAUGGUGGUGCCCGCCGCCUCCCGGGUAAGGGGCAGCCCUCCCUCCCCUCUGAAGGAAAAGAGACUCGCUUCUACUCCCCAAGAGUUCAUUGUCUAGUGAAAGUCAGCGCCUUGCAGGCCCCCUCUGAUGCAGUGGACAAAACAGGCAGGUAUAAACACCAAGUGAGCAGGAGAAGGAGUUUUUUUGGCAGCUGUCAAGAUGGGCAUGAGGAUCAAACUACACAGUACCGACCACCCCAAUAACCUGCUGAAAGAACUUAACAAAUGUAGAUUGUCAGAAACUAUGUGUGAUGUUACCAUUGUUGUGGGUAGUCGUUCCUUCCCUGCACACAAAGCAGUGCUGGCAUGUGCAGCAGGCUAUUUCCAAAACCUUUUUCUCAAUACAGGACUGGAUGCUGCCCGCACUUACGUGGUGGAUUUUAUCACUCCAGCCAACUUUGAAAAGAUCUUGAGUUUUGUCUACACCUCAGAGCUUUUUACAGACCUGAUCAAUGUGGGUGUCAUUUAUGAGGUAGCAGAAAAAUUGGGCAUGGAUGAUUUGCUGAAGGCCUGCCAUUCCACUUUUCCAGACUUGGAAAACUCAGCCAUCACCAAACAGCCCUCUGUCUCGGGUGGGAGCAGGUCAAGCUGUGCUUUGCCUGAGCCAAGUCAAACUCUGGGUGAAAUCCGAAACAGCGGGGAGCACCUGGGAGCAGAGCGCAAUUGCAGCAUGCAUAGUGAAGCAACAGGCAGCUACAAAGAAGACUCUGCAAGUGAUGCUAGUCAUAACUUACUACGUCCACAGAGCCCCAAAAUGGAAGAACAGGAAACACCAGCGCAGUUCACUGGCACUAUGAAUAUUAUGACACAGGCUGGGCUCAACAAUAUCAGCAUGGCUGUUCAAACAGCGGUGAACUCUUGCCAGGCAUAUAAGAUCCAGAGCAAUGGGGAUUAUACGAAAGGCAUUUUUUCCCCCUCUGAUACCUCCCUGGAUAUAUCCACAGGCAGCAAUUCCUGCCCUAGCAAUAGUGACCAUUCCAAAGACCAGGGAUUUGGGCAAAUGGAUGAAUUACAGCUAGAAGACCUUGGGGAAGAGGCGCUGCAUUUUGAAGACGCCAGUGAGGAGCUGGGUGCUGCUGAGGAGGUGAUUGAGCUGAGUGAUGAUAGUGAAGAGGAACUGUCCUUCGAGAAUGACAACCGAGAUAGCAAGGCCAUGCCCUGCCAAGUGUGCAAAAAGGUACUAGAACCCAAUAUUCAACUCAUUCGCCAGCAUGCUAGGGACCAUGUAGACCUCCUGACCGGCAACUGCAAGGUCUGUGAGACCCAUUUCCAGGACAGGAACUCUAGAGUGACUCAUGUCCUGUCUCACAUAGGGAUAUUUCUCUUCUCCUGUGAUAUGUGUGAGACUAAGUUUUUCACGCAGUGGCAGCUCAACCUUCACCGUCGAGAAGGAGUAUUUGACAACAACAUUAUCAUUCAUCCCAGUGACCCGCUAAUAGGGAAAGUAAAUUUUUUCAGCGGGGAUUUGGCAUGUGCCACCUGUGGAAAACUGGUGGCCAAAGAUUUUCAUGUGGUUCGGGGUCACAUACUGGAUCAUGUGAACUUGAAAGGCCAAACGUGUAGGGUGUGUGACCAACGCCACCUCAAUCUUUGCAGCCUGAUGUGGCACACACUUUCCCACUUGGGGAUUUCUGUUUUUUCUUGCUCUAUUUGUGCCAACAGUUUUGUGGACAGACACCUUCUGGAGAAGCACAUGGCAGUCCACCAAAGCAUGGAGGAAGCCCUCUUUCGGUGUCACUACUGUGGCCAGGCUUUCAAGCUGGAGGCUGCUUACCGCUACCAUGUGAGCCAGCACAAGUGUAGCUCCAACUUGGACCUGGUGCAGCCGAGCUUUGGUGACCGACUCCAGCAGCAAGCUCUGCAGAAGAGGAAGCUGACAGAAGAGUUCCUCAUUGAAGACAUGGCUCUCCAGAACCAACCUGGGAACAAUCCAGAUGUCUUGAAACGAAACAGAAUGAAAAAAAUACGCAGAGCAUUGUGAUUGCUGUCUAACCGUUUUGGUUAAGUUAAUUGUAGGUACCAACCUCCUGGUUAUUUAAGUGUUUGCUAUCUAUUUGCUGUAAAGUUUGUAUAUUUUGUAAAACUUUCCUCCUUCCUCAAAGAAAAAAAAGUAGAUGUCUAAAAUGGUUGUACAUCUGAUUCUUUUAUACUCCAUCGUUUGGCACAAAAGUGUGUUUUUUAUUUAGAAUAAUAAAAUGAUAAACUUGAAGAUUUUUGAUACAGUUCUUGUUCUUUGUAGAUUUUGUGUUUGCAGGCAAGAACAACAGCAUUUCACUCCAGUCCAGUGUACAAUAUGUACAGUAUUGAGGAAAGAAACAGUCUCUGUGCCAAGCACCGAAGAAUAGGGCAGCUAUGAGGAUCCCAGGCCAGUAUUUCUACAGAGCCUGAACAGGCUAGGGGGUGUGGGAAAGAGGUGUUCCUCUGUCUGGUGUUGAUCUGCACUUUAGGAAAGGUAGUCUCUCCUUCUCUCACUCAUUCACUGCUUCUGCAGGAGCCCAGCACAAAGACAGAAGCUGCGCCUAUUCCUUGUGUCCCGUUUUCCUUAGGAGCCAGAAGAUGUGGGGAAAUAAUAUGUCUAGGAUUGCCAGAAAUAAAAGAUAGCAUCAAUCUGAGGCAAAACAUUUGGCCUUUUUUGGUUUUUGUUUCUGUUUUAUUGAGUGAUCUUUAAAAUAUAUACAUUUUAUGCUUUGGGUGCAGGAACUAACCUGUCUUGGAUCGUUUCUGAUCGAGAAUGAGUUGGCUUAAUUUGUCCUGAAUAUAAAGACUUCCUGAAAAUUGUCCAUGCAUUUUGUUCCUAAAUGAAUUUGUUGUAGAUAAAUUAGGACUGUUCGUGUUAAGUGAGCACCUCCUGAACAUCCUGCCUUCCUGGCCUUGAGCUUCUUUCCCUGAACUCUAUACCAGGAUUUUUCUUUCUUUCUCCUAAUAUGGGCAACAUGUAUGUCUACCCUUGAGACCUGGAUAAAUAUCCUGUUUUCUUUCCUUUUAAUUAUUUAUUAAUUUUAUGUCAGUUCCAGUACCCUCCUCUUCAAAUUCCUGUCCAUAUUGUUCUAGUAUUAAACUUGCUCAAAUCUGUCUUCUAAAAGGACUUGUGCUUUUCUCAUACAUAGGUCAGCGUUGUCCAGGGUAGGAAGUGUUGAGAACAUUUUGCUCAGCACUUCCUCUCAUUUUUCACUCUAACCUUUCAACUAGAUGUUCUGCACUGCAAUCCACUGACCAUCUCUCAGGGUCCUGAUGAGGAGUCCCAAAAGCCUAUAACCCUAGUCAUGUCACAUUUGUGGAAGAUUCUAGGGCAGAAGUAUCGGCUCUUACUUUUUUUAUUGUUUGUGCACAUGGCAGCCAUGAGAACAAACAAAAUUCUGUGUGUUGUCUCACAGCAUGUGCUGGUUACAUACGUAAGGGAUGAGGAAGAUUCAGCUAGUCAGUUUGCUAGUUUGCUAGUCAGUUUCCUCCUGCAACCUGGAAAAUACAUAUUAUCUUUUUUUAAAGGCACUCCCCCCCCCCGCCAACACCUCUAAAUGGGAGGAUCAUGCUUCUGGAGAUAAUUUCCUAAAGUGGCGAAUACAUUUUCUAGGAAUACAUUUUCUCCACAGCCAGCAAUCCAUCCUUUAUCAAGUCAGUCCUUCUUCCUUCUCUUCUCUCCUGGCUUCACCAUGUAAUGUGAAUCUCAUGAGCAAGACUGCUGUGCCCUAUGUUCUAUACAACUCUCCACACAAAUAACUAAUGCUUUGUAAAGAAUAUUUGUAAUACGGCUGUCACAUUUGUUGAAAAUCAAGGUAGGACGAAAACACUUUGAUUCUGUUGGAGGUUAGGGAUUAGAUGCCCCGGACACAAGAAGGAAGGAAUCAAAUGUUUUUAGUAACAGGAAGAUAGAUGCAAAGGACAGCUGAGACAGAGUUUGGACUUCUAUAUACAAAGCAAUACUGUUGGGCAUGCAUGCAUACCUUGGGGAUGGGGGAUGAUUCAAAGUCCCAGAGUAGGUUUAAGCUAGCUAAUGGUAUUUUUGUGAUACCCUUCCAAAUGCAUAAUCAUGUCCACUUGUGUGUGUAUGUUUCUGUGAAGACACCGCGUGCAUUUUAUCAUUUGGGAGGAAAAUGCUUGUACGCAAACUGCGGGGGUGGAAUUAUUGGUCUCUUAAUCCCCCAGUCAGAAGCAACAGCACGUUCGUAAAAGACAUGGGCAAUGUCUAUUUCACAGACUGCUUCAAAGGUAUACCAUUCUGCAUAAAUGUAUAUGGACCAUUUCUUCUAAUG